AUGAAAGAGUCGACUAUAAACAGCUUGUUAGAAUGGGCAAAGAAAGAAGGUGCUAUGCUGGAUAUGAUCGAUGUUCGUUACUGUGGUGAAGAUAGAGGUUUCGGAGUAUUUGCCAGAAGAAUGAUACGAGUUCAUGAAGUCUUUCUUCGAAUACCAAAACAUUUAAUGAUAACUGCUGGGCUUGUCGCUGAAAUGCCGGCUUAUAAGGAGAUUUUGGAACGGUUGGUUGAUAUUUUUUUACUUUAACAGGUUUUUUGGAAAUUUUUGGUAUAUUAUAGUAUGAAGAAGUUUUAUGUUUUACAGGGUGUGGUAACGUUGGUAGAGCUAUGAUAUUGUUAAAGCAGAGCAUACUGCAUACUUAUAUAUUGAGUGGUAGGGUAAGGUAAGGUAGGUUAGGGUAGCUUAGAGUAAAGUAAAACAGCUUAGUUUGGGUAGGGCAGGGCAGGGUAGUUUAGAGUAUGGUAGGAUAGGACAAAGUAAGGUAGUAUAAGGUAUGGAAAGUUAAGGUUAAACAAGGUAAAGUAGAGCAGAGUAGUGUAGAGUAGGGUAGAGUAGAACAAGGUAGGUUAAGGUAAUGUAAAGUAAGGCAACUUUUAUAGGUAAAGUAGGACAGACUAAAGAAAAUUAGCGCAGGGUACGGUAAAGUUGGUUUAGCUAUGGUCAUCCUAAUGUAGGGGAUCGUACUGUAAACUUAUACAUUGAGUUUUUAUGUUGCCUAUUUGACUAUAAAAAUUUAUGAAUUUUUCAAUUUAAGAUGAACCGUAUGCUAGCCGUAUUUUACCCUAUAAACCAUAAAAAAUCAAAAAAAAAUCUUUCAGUCACCGCCUAGAAGCCUUUCCAAUACUGGUUCUGUUCUUCUAUCUCGAGGCCAAAAAUCUUCAAAAUUCAUUCUUCAAACCGUAUUUUAUGUCACUGCCCAAGAGUUUUGACACUCCAUUAGCCUACAAUAACUCGACAGUCGAAGAGAACAUUAAAAUGGAUCAGUUACCUAAUAGAGCCAAGGAAUUACUGAUCAAACAACAAAAUGAAUUCACAUAUAUUAGGGAGCAGGUAGGUUAAUAUUCUUUGCUUUGUCUGUUAGGGCGGAUUAUUUGUCAUGAUUAAUAUGCGAAAGGCAUGGUUAAUAUACUAACACUAAUCAAUAGUUGCAAUUUGUUCGUUAUUUUUUUUUGAUUUUACUUUUUUUUGUAAAAAAGAUUAGCGCAGGUCGCGGCGGACAUGUUAUACGACCGAUUUUUUAAAAAUAUUUUUGAAAAUAAAAAAUUUAGUUAUCCCGAGCACUGGACAAUACCAAUCUAGAUAUGGACCACCUCAAUUGGGCAUGGCACGUCGUCAACACUCGUUGCGUCUACUCCGAAAACCCAGAACACCCCUAG